AGCGUGGCGCCGUCCCAGUCUUCGGAAGAGACCGCGUGACGUCACGAGGUCCUACGCAUUGUGUGGAGAGCAGGAGUUGGAGGACGGUCUCCGGCUGGGUUCGGCGGCCCUGGGACUGCGGAAGAGGCUCUGGAGGGCCGCCGCGAUGCUCCACCCGGAGCCGGUCAGUCAGCUCCUGGAUCUAUGCCUUUGGUGCUUCACGAAGAAUAUUUCCAGAUAUAUCACAGACAUUAAGCCUUUGCCUCCCAACAUAAAAGAUAGACUGAUUAGAAUGAUGAGCCUGCAGGGACAGAUAACAGAUUCAAAUAUAAGUGAGAUUUUACAUCCUGAAGUCCAGACUCUAGAUCUCCAGAGCUGUGAUAUUUCAGAUACUGCUCUGCUGCACCUGUGCAACUGCAGAAAACUGAAAAAAUUAAAUUUGAAUUCCUCAAAAGAAAACAGAGUUUCUAUAACUACAAAAGGAAUAAAAGCUGUGGCUUCAUCUUGUUCAUUCCUUCAUGAAGCUUCUUUGAAAAGAUGCUGCAGUCUCACUGAUGAAGGAGUCCUUGCUCUUGCACGCAAUUGCCGGCUGCUAAAGAUUGUUGAUUUAGGUGGCUGCUUAGGUAUUACUGAUGUGUCCUUACAUGCAUUAGGAGAAAACUGCUUUUUUCUGCAGUCUGUCGAUUUUUCAGCUACUCAGGUAUCUGACAAUGGUGUGGUUGCGCUUGUUAGUGGACCUUGUGCCAAGAAAUUAGAGGAGAUUCAUAUGGGACAUUGUGUGAAUCUGACUGACGAGUCUGUAGAAGCUGUCCUCACUCGCUGUCCUCAGAUACAUAUAUUACUGUUCCAUGGAUGUCCCCUAAUAACAGAUCAUUCACGAGAAGUCUUGGAGCAAUUAGUAGGCCCAAACAAAUUAAAGCAAGUGACAUGGACUGCUUAUUGAUGCUUAUCAAAGCUAUGCUCUUCAUACUACCAGGAAAGGAUGGUCUUGGAGAUGGGCUUUCCAACAUGUAAUAUGGUUUGUGAUUUACCAGGCUUUUAAAUACUUUCAUAGUGCUAUUAUUCUGUUUGUUUGGUACGUCCUUGUUUUUGAAUGGUAAUCUUAGCAUGCCUUCCAAUGGAUUGGCAGGGGAGGGGGAGGGUAUUGUGUUUGUUUCUUAACAAAGAUUUUAAAUUACCUGUUUUCCCUGGAGAUUUCCUUUUCCUACAUAGAUAUUUGAGCUGUUGUAAAAGACAUGUACCAAUAUGGAUAAAUUCUAAGUAAAGUUAUUUCUAAAAGCAUAA